GCGGGUGAUAGUAAUGUCUGACUUGAGCCGUCUGGUAAAAGAGAUAGGAAUCGAGGUUCAACAACUUUUCAGUCAGGUCGAGCUGGAAAAAAACAAUAUAUCCCAUCUUCAACAAAAGUUAAUUUCUCUAACUCAAGAAGCUGAGUCUCAAAAAAAGUUCAAGAAGCAUCUAGAGGAGGAGUUAAGGAAUUUAGAGGAGACAUAUUUUCAGCCGGAUGAUAACAGUUGUGGUUUGUCAGACGUCAGUGAAGUAAUAAAUGAACAAAUCCGUUGCCUUAACGUGAUCCUCUCGGAGAUCAUGAGCAGCAAUGAGCGAAUUAGAAAAGAAAGAACUGACUUUAUCCUGGAAUACAAACAAAGACUAGAUGAUUACGACCGACAUAUAACACAAAAUGAAAAGCUACACGCCUUUAUCGAGUUGUGGAAAGUGAAAUGCGCUGAAAACUUUAAGCUGACUGCGAUCCCUGACGUGAUAAGAGAAAUGGCCGAAGAAACAUCCAGUUCCUACAACAUUUCUCUUGUGGAAACACUAGAAAACGCACUAAGGGCAUCAACAGUAGAAAGCGAAGAAACAAUAUCUUCCCCCGAAAAUGUAUGCAUUGCGGGAAAAGAUGAGAUUCCUGCGAUUCCAAAAACUCAUCAGUCAAACACUACAUCCGAUGAACAACUUAAUUUAUCGAGUGAUAUAGAUACUCAAUUUCAGGAAUGUAAUGUUCUGGAUGCAAGUCGCUUACGUGUGUCUGCACUUGAUACUAGUGUGAUUUCAUCGCUUGUAAGAAAGGAAGGUUGCACUUUCCCACAUAAAAAGUACGAACAAAUUGAUACUCAAAGAGAUUUUACAAUGAGUAUGGACGUAACGAUAUGUGGGGAAAAUGAUGCAUCUUCUUACUAAAUUUACAACCAAACCCGUUAUAGUUUAUUUUUAUUGAAUAUGCGAAAUAAAGUUUAUGAACUA